AUGAAUUCGGCUACAGCGACAAGUACUGAGACGUCGAAUGGCUCUGCCUCUGCCUCUGUUUCCAGGCGGACCGGCCACGACGUCACCCAUGAACAGCAGAAUCGCACCAACGGAACAGCUACCACAGGCCCUCCAAAGAAGCCUGGACAGAAGUACAGACACGUCGCUGCGGUUCACAAAAAGACGAGACCUUCAUGCUUGAGUCACGAUUCAGAUGCUGCUCCCAGCUUUAUUGGCUUUCGCAAUCUCAUGGUGAUUGUGCUUGUGGUUGGAAACUUGCGAUUGAUGAUUGAGAACAUCCAAAAGUACGGUGUCUUGAUCUGCGUGAGGUGUCAUGAUUACAGUCGUCAAGAUGUUUACUUGGGUCUUCUCCUUUACUUCCUCAUCCCAUGCCAUCUUCUCGCCGCCUACUUGAUUGAGCUGGCUGCUGCCCAGCAGGCGCGAGGAUCCCUCAAGCGUGUCAAUGAUAGCUCUCCCGGUGGUCCUUCAGAGCAAGAACGCAAAAAGUUUCACAAGACCUGGGUCAUUGUCGCAUGGGCUCAUCUCUUCAACAUCACGCUUGCUCUGCUCCUCACGACCUGGGUCGUCUACUUCAAGAUCCACCAUCCUCUCAUUGGUACCUUGACCGAGAUGCACGCUAUUGUUGUCUGGCUCAAAACUGCAUCAUACGCUUUCACCAACCGUGAUUUGAGGCAUGCUUACCUGCAUCCUGUGGAAGGAGAGCGCGAACUUGUACCUGAGCUGUACACACAAUGUCCUUACCCGCAAAACAUCACAUUUACCAACCUUGUCUAUUUCUGGUGGGCGCCCACGCUCGUCUACCAGCCCGUGUAUCCUCGUACGGACAAAAUCAGAUGGGUCUUUGUUGCCAAGCGUGUUGGAGAGAUCUUUGGUCUCAGUGUCUUCAUGUGGGUUGCGAGUGCCCAGUACGCUGCACCUGUCCUUCGAAACUCUCUCGACAAGAUUGCUUCUCUCGACCUUAUGUCCAUCCUUGAGCGGUUGCUUAAGCUUUCGACCAUCUCUCUGGCCAUCUGGCUCGCUGGCUUCUUUGCGCUAUUCCAGUCUUUCUUGAACGGUCUGGCCGAGAUCCUGAGAUUCGGUGACCGAUCGUUCUAUGACGACUGGUGGAACAGUGAGAGUUUGGGAGCUUACUGGCGCACGUGGAACAAGCCUGUUUACACAUACUUCAAACGUCACUUGUACAUGCCCAUGAUUGGUCGUGGUUGGAGUCCUUCAGUGGCCAGUUUUGUCGUUUUCCUAGUAUCAGCCAUUCUCCAUGAGAUCCUCGUCGGUGUUCCUACGCACAACAUCAUUGGCGUUGCUUUCCUGGGAAUGUUUCUCCAACUUCCACUUAUUCACCUUACCAAGCCUCUCGAGAACAUGAAGCUUGGCCACACUGGUAAAAUUAUCGGAAACACUAUCUUCUGGGUCUCGUUCACUAUCUUUGGACAGCCUUUUGCCGCCUUAAUGUACUUUUACGCUUGGCAAGCAAAGUAUGGCAGUGUCAGCAAGCAGAUGAUAGUAGCGCCCCAUUAA